CGACAACCAUGGGUAAUGAUGGCGGCAGUAUCCCAGAUCGCAGAGACCUCGUCCGAAACAAGAAAAAAGAAGAGUCUCUCGAUAAAGCCAACCGAACGCGUGCCCGCUGGGGAUUCUGUGCUCUCUCAAAACGACCUCUGCAGGAGCCUGUCGUCGCUUGUGCCCUCGGCAAGCUCUACAACAAAGACGCUAUCAUCGAGUUCCUCCUCAACCGGGAUGCCUACGGAGACGGAAAUAUCAUUUGCGGACACAUACGAUCCCUUAAGGACGUUAAGACACUUGUGCUGACGCCCAACACUGCGCCAGUAAACACCUCUCAGGACCCUUCGGAGCGGGUCAAAUUCAUAUGCCCUCUCACUCUGAAGGAGAUGAAUGGUCUCACACCUUUCGUUUAUCUUCGCGCCUGCGGCUGUGUGUUUGCUGCGGCAGGUCUUUCCGAAAUGCGAGCAGAGGGCGAAGCGGAGAAGGAAACAUGUCCUCAAUGCGCAACUAAAUACACUCACUCCGACCGAAUUCCCAUCAAUCCCACACUGGAGGAGGAACAGGGACUGCGUGAAUUGCUGGCAGCUCAGCGAUUGCUAGAGCCGGUCAAAAAGUCGAAGAAACGCAAGGCUGCGGUAGAGCCCGAGACAGAGCCUGCAGCAAAGAAAUCAGCACCUUUGAUCACUACGGCCAGUAACACAUUACGGAGCACUCUUGCUCUCGAAGAGGCGAAACGCAAGGCUGGAAUGAGCGAUGCUGUGCGUUCAUUGUAUUCGAAUCAAGGCAAUGCUCGACAAGAGACCUUUAUGACGAGGGGCACAUUUACUAGAUAUGCCUGAGGGACCAUCCACAUAGCUCUUGCUCAUUUGUAUAGCCUCACCACAUUGCCAGAUCCACAUUGUAUACUGAAUUAGAUCAUGUCCUGUACAUAAGUAUCGAAAGCACAUCGUUGCAGUGAACGAAGUGAAGGCAAUAAGAUUAAACUCUAAAAAUGUCCCCAAGAACGCACGCCUGUCCCUCGCCAGGCCUCUAAGAAAGCAGCGUCCAGAAUGCACUUGAUAUAAGAACAAUGGUUACGCUGGCGAGCGCCGAGGCUCCUGUCAGCCGCGAUGGACUACCCGACGACGGAGGAAAUGCCGUUGCCCAUGCCUGGGUAGGAUUGGGUGCUCCACUGACAGUGACGGUAGCUGCUUUCGCAUUGGUGGUUGUCGAGCCAUUGCUAGAGGACCCGGAACUCAGGAUGCUGAACCGAGGCGAUGUAGCGUACAUGGUGCCGUGUGUAGAGUUGAUGAAAAGAAGAAAGUAGUCGUCACCCGGAGGUACGUCUUGAAAGACAAUGUUUAUGGAUUUCUGCGACCCAGAUGUGGCGGGAACUACGAUUCGCCUGAGCUUCAAGUUGGUUGUUCGAGAACGACGAAACACACCGUUCUUAGCGACCAGAUUCAGACCGUCCGUGCUGAGACGGGACAUCUCGAUGUCAAAUGAGUUUACGCCAUCAUCUACACCCUUGGUCCAGGACACCAUCCGCGUCUCGCCGCUAGCCCACUGAUCAUUGAGUUGUGGGGAGUUGACCACAAAGUACGCUGCAGGAGCAUAAGAGGGAGGAAAGAUAGGCAAGGGUGCGUGGUAGUUGCGCACCGGAAGCCGAAGAGCAGAAGCCUGUGAGAAUGAAUGCGGGGAGACAACGAGAAAUGAGCAUGGCGGUGAUGAAGGGCGUUGGGGAUCGAAGUGGCGAAAGGAGUGAAGAAUAGGAUGUCACUCGAUGUCACACCAGAUCAUCUAGUUACCGCAUGUUAUUGGUGCUGGUGCACGACUUCAAACAAGUGAUUCUAAGUUUGAUUCUACUACUAGUUUCAUCUAUGACUGAUGCCUAGGCCAGAUAGUGCUUGCUGUUCAGCACACGCAACCGGGCAGCAGCUUGUUCCGCUGUCAAGUCACGUUGGGACUCUGCCAUUAAUUCAUACCUGAGAGAAUGAGUACGGAUUCCACAAAUCAUCGAGUACAUACCCUACUAGAAACUUGCGGACAGUAGCGCUUCGGAGGAGAGGUGGCGUGAAGUGCAGAUGCAAAUGGGCGAUGUCAUCGCCGGUCGACGUUGGGCGCUGAUGCAUGCCCAUCGAAUACGCAAACAGGCACGAAAAGAGAUUGUCAUAGCGGACGGUGACCUGGGACAGGAUAUCCGCGAACGAGGCCUUCUCUUGUGCCGUCAAUUCGGAAAUAGCAGAUAUAUGCCUCUUGUACGGCAGCACUGCCCCAAAGUACAGUCAACGAUAAAACGAGACCAGUGCGAGCAGGCUCUCACAGAGUAUUUCAAAAGGCCAGGUGGCCCACCAGGGAACGACUGCGAGCCAAUCAUCGUUCUUAACGACGACUCUGCCCUCUUCGGUCAUGAAUCCGAGCUCGACAUGCGCGUACUCGCAGAGCAUGCAUGGUCGACCUGAAAAAGAUCAGCACCGCAUGGAUCAAGUAAGCAACGGACACAAUCGACCUUCCGAGCCCUUUGGUGCAUCAGAUGCAGCCGCAGUGUCACAAGCAUAUUGUUCAAGAGCUGCCAACUCCUUGGCAGGGAGUGUCGGAAUCUCUGAUAGAGACCAAACUUGACCAUGCGGGUGAGGAUUCGAGCAUCCCAUCAUAGCGCCUUUAUUCUGUCGCAAACGUGAAUCUCUGACGGACCAAGAGCCAUUCGACACACCUCGAAGAUCUGGACAUACUUGAUUCCCUCUUCGAGACUGCGCUUCUCGUAGAUUCUGAUCCAUUCAUCGAUAACACAUCCGAUCUCUUGCGGGCUGAGUCGCGAGAGGGUCAAGUCGUGCCGAGGGUGGAAAACGAGCACAUCGCAACCCCCUUGAACAGGUUGACUGGCAAGCAAAGGAUGGGCUGCAACUGGAGCGGCUGGUCCUGGAGGGGCAAGCACGGCCGCAAAGUCGUUCUCAAAAGUGAAAGUAGUGGUAUACUCCUUGUUGAGCUGCCCUCCGGAUCGCUUGUUGCCGGGGCAAAGAUAGCACUCGGGAUCGUACUCGGGGAGGUUCACAGGCUGUAGCGUCUCCGUUUGGCCCAACCAAGGACGCUUGGCGCGGUGCGGAGAAACGAGGAUGUAUUCGCCGGUGAGGGGAUUGUCUGAUAUUAGUGAUGAGGGGGACGCACAGCUGCACGGAUGGAAUAACCUACAUCGACGAUGAGGGUGCGUGGUCGGGUCGAAUUCCAUGGUGGUGUUGCAAAACAAAAUGGAAUUCUUCUGCCAUACCUACGGAACGGGGUAUGACCCGGUCUCCAGUGCAGAAAGUUACUUCAACUGGGAAAUCCAUGCCGGGAUUCGGCCCGGUUCAGACACAUGUCCUGAAUAUCACAUGACCCUCUUUGGACAUGUGACACGAUCAUCUCUCUCUCCAUGCAGUCCACCCCGAAACGGCGACGCAUCGAACGCUCGCCCUCGCCCUCCUACAGACUCGACGAUGAAGAUGACUCAUAUGAACCUUAUAUCCCCGUCUCACAACGACGGAAGGAUAAAUUAGCAAGAUUGACCUCUUGGGCGGCUUCCUCUUCUCUCAAAGCAGAAGAGCGCGAGAGGGCUGCUCAAGACCAUCAAAAUGAGGACAGAGAGGACGAAUUGCAGAAGGAGCGGUUACGGAAAGAACGCACUCUCCUUGUUGAGGCGCAGGAAGUGCAUUCAAAGAAGGAGGCUGAGGAUGCGAGGAAAACAGAGGAAGAGAAAGCAGCAGAGGUAGACGCCGAAAUCCUCGAGGCUAUCAAGAGCCGCCGCAAACUUGCGUCGGACCUUGAGCUUGCUCAGGGCAUUGCAUAUACCGAGUCGCUCAAGACUAGGCAUGCCACAUACUGGAGACCCCCACUCUAUGUUCGGGAUCGAAGCGCUGCUCAGCAUCAACGUUUGCGCGACAAGUAUCAUAUCAUCGCCGAGGGUGACGACAUCCCUCCCCCAAUCGAACAUUUUGUGGACAUGAAGAUACCUCAGCCUAUCCUCGAGCACUUGAAAGCAAACCGGAUCGUUAAUCCUACGCCGAUUCAGUUGCAAGGGCUGCCAGCGGCUUUUUCAGGACGUGAUCUCAUCGGCAUCGCAUUCACUGGGUCGGGGAAAACGCUGUCAUUUUGUCUGCCACUGAUCAUGUUGGCUCUCGAAGAAGAGACCAAGCUGUCGUUCAUUCGAGGAGAAGGCCCGGUCGGCGUAAUUCUCUGCCCAUCUCGUGAGUUGGCAACUCAGACGUACGAAAACGUCUUGGGAUGGUGCUCAGCGUUGACGAAAUCUGGCAAAUACCCGAUCCUUAACACGCUGCUUUGUAUCGGGGGCAUCUCGAUGAACGAGCAGAGUCAUGUGAUGAGCAAAGGCCUUCACAUUGUCGUUGCGACGCCGGGGCGCUUAAUUGAUAUGCUCGAGAAACGCAAGUUCACCUUCGCCAACUGUAAAUAUAUCUGCAUGGACGAGGCGGACCGCAUGAUCGACUUGGGCUUCGAGGACGACGUUCGAAACAUCAUGAGUUUCUUCCGAGGACAGCGCCAGACGCUGUUAUUCUCAGCGACCAUGCCUCGGAAAAUACAGGACUUUGCGCAAGAAUCGCUGGUUCGCCCUGUGUUGGUCAACGUUGGUCGUGCGGGUGCAGCAAAUCUGGACGUCUUGCAGGUCGUGGAGUAUGUCAAACAAGAAGCCAAGAUGGUUUAUCUGCUUGAAUGUCUGCAAAAGACUGCGCCGCCUGUCAUCAUCUUUAGCGAGAACAAGAACGAAGUUGAUGAUAUUCAAGAGUACCUUCUUCUCAAAGGAGUAGAAGCAGUCGCUAUCCAUGGGUCGAAAAGUCAAGAAGAACGGCAAUAUGCGAUCAAAGCAUUCAAGUCCGGUGCGAAAGAUGUCAUGGUCGCGUCCGGUGUCGCUUCAAAGGGUCUGGACUUCAACGAGAUCCAACACGUAAUCAUCUUUUCCAUGCCCAAGGAAAUAGAGGAUUAUGUCCACCAAAUCGGUCGUACAGGACGGAGCGGCAAGACGGGAAUUGCGACGACCUUUGUCAAUAUGAAUACACCAGAGCCUACUUUGCUGGAUCUCAAGUAUCUGCUAAUGGAAGCGGGGCAAAAAGUUCCUCCGUUCUUAGCAUCACUCGAGGAUAACAACCAGGGAGGGGUAUCGAAAGGGUGUGCAGUCUGUGGUGGUCUCGGUCAUUCGGUUUCCAACUGUCCAAAGCGAGAAGAUGCUCAACGACGCAUGAUGGCCUCUCACCGAAGCAAAGACGACGGUGGAGGCGGAUAUUAGAUCGCAAAUAGGGGUUGUUUUUCGAAAUACGUGCUCGUGAUAAUACAUGCCGUAAAUUCAGUGUGCUCGAUCUCGACUUUCUUCGAUUCCACUUUUGUUUCUUGUCAUGGCCACUCUACCUAAUGUCUCGUCCCCGCUCGCACGCCUUCUAUCCUCACCGCCUACCAGCAAUACCACUCCCUUCUAUGCAUUCGCAACGUACAACGUCUCAAGGAAUCGGAAAUUCAUCAUCAUCGGCAUUUCUGCCCUCUUCAUCGUCUUCUUCGUUUAUCUGCGAGACACCGCCUCUUUCUCGGCACCUGUAGUUUGGAAACAGUCCAAACCGCCACCUUUCCUCGACAAUGUUGGAGUCCCAGUCACCCACACCGUCACCCACACCGUUUCUUCUCCGACUGUCACUGUAACCCACACCGUGACCUUGCCUUCGCCUAUCCCAACGCAUGCGCUCACGUCCAGCCAUCCUAUCUCCUAUGUCCUCAUUGCGUGGUCAGAGGAUGCGGCAGUGGAAGGGACUGUACUUAUGAAAUCCAUAAUCAUGUACAGCUCUCGGCCUUCUGAAUUCCACAUUAUCUGUGACGAAGCUGGUGAGAAGAGCAUACGGGCCAGUCUCGCGCUAUUGCAUAGCCUCUUGCACAACGUCAAUGUGCACUUCUACCAGCCAUCAUGGAGCAGCAUGAUGGACAGGAUCGAGCGCGAGGGAUCUAUCCGCACAGACCACUCUGCUGGCAUCCCCGGACUGAUGAAACUCUUUCUCCACGAAAUCCUACCAGCCUCCGUCAACAAAGUGAUCUACCUAGACACAGAUGCUAUACUCAUCUCAGAUCCGCUCUUGCUGUGGAAUCUCUUCGAGAGGCUAAAACCGAGCACUGCGAUUGUCAUGCCCAGCCAUCCAGAUCAGCAUUCCGAGGAAUGGCAUCAUGCAAACAGGAUAUGUAGCUGCAUCAUGCUGUUGGAUUUGGACAAGCUCCGGCAAAUGCGAAUGAUGGACUCUUCCAUAUAUCGGGAAGAUCAUAGUGGUCGUUAUCCUCCAGCACUCGGGCCGUCUGCUUUCAAGGCAAUGUACGGUGAACCCACAGGGGAGGGCCACCGGUAUGACAAUGUUCGACUGGGCGACCAAGGGUAUUGGUGGGCCAUCGUGCACCAUAAUCCGCAGCUAUUCGAAUCUUUGAGCUACGACUGGGAGAUCUCGAGCUGCCUGGUGGACAUGUACUCGACGGGCCUAGGCGCACCAUUGAUGACCGAAUCUGAGGAGAUGACCCACCAAGGCCAUGUUAUCGACACACCUCAGUAUGGUACUGUCGUCUUGCCGAAACUACUACACUUCAACUGUCUGCACAACACCGCGCGAUACUUCGAAUGGGCGGGCUGGUCCGACGCGAAUGAUUCAUUGACGAAGCGAUGGGGACCAGCAGUGUCGUACCACGUGGGCUAUAAGUGGAUCUGGCUGAACCAAGGACGGCGGAAGAACGGACCGGUGAUCACGACCCAGGCGGUCUUGUUCGCAGACGAGGAGUUUGCCAAGCAUAACCAGCAUCCAUAGAAUAGAGCUGAGGUGCGCCGUUGUAUCAAAUAAUAUAUCCGAUAGAAA